AUGUCAAGAUUUUUAAAAUCAACUUUUGCAAAAUCAGUAUUAGCAGCUGGUGCCGCAGUUGGUGGUACAGUUGUUUAUUUGGAUUUCAUUAGACCAAAAAAUGAACCACAUCUUGCUACUUCCUACAAACCGUUUAAGAAAGACAUUCCACCACCACCAUCACGUGAAUCAUUGAUUGGUAAUUUGAAAAAAGUGCCCGAAUUCGAUGUUUUGGUCAUUGGUGGGGGUGCUGUUGGUACUGGUACCGCUGUUGAUGCAGCUACACGUGGUUUGAAUGUCUGUCUUUUGGAAAAAACCGAUUUCGGUGCUGGUACUUCUUCAAAAUCUACCAAAAUGGCACACGGUGGUGUUCGUUAUUUGGAAAAAGCCAUUUUCCAAUUGUCUAGAGCUCAGUUGGAUUUGGUCAUUGAGGCUUUGAAUGAAAGAGGUAACAUGUUAAGAACCGCACCACACUUGUGUACUGUUUUGCCAAUUAUGAUCCCAGUUUACAAUUGGUGGCAAGUCCCUUAUUUCUUUGCUGGUUGUAAAAUGUAUGAUUGGUUUGCUGGUAAACAAAACUUGCGUUCCUCCACUAUUUUCUCCACCGAACAAGCUGCUGCCAUUGCUCCUAUGAUGGAUACCAGCAACUUGAAAGCUGCUUGUGUUUACCACGACGGUAGUUUCAAUGAUACCAGAUACAAUGUCACUUUAGCCUUGACUGCGAUUGAAAACGGCGCCACUGUGUUGAAUUAUUUCGAAGUCGAACAAUUAUUGAAAGAUAGCAAUGGUAAAUUGUAUGGUGUCAAGGCUAAAGAUUUGGAAACCAAGGAAUCAUACGAAAUCAAAGCUAAAAGUGUUGUCAAUGCUACAGGUCCGUUUGCUGAUAAAAUCUUGGAAAUGGACGAAGAUCCAAAAGGUUUACCUCCAAAAGUUGAACAACCACCAAGAAUGGUUGUUCCGUCAUCCGGUGUUCACGUUGUUUUGCCAGAAUAUUAUUGUCCAACCAUCUACGGUUUGUUAGAUCCUUCUACCUCUGAUGGUAGAGUCAUGUUCUUUUUGCCAUGGCAAGGUAAAGUUUUGGCUGGUACCACCGAUACUCCAUUGAAGGAAGUCCCAGAAAAUCCUGUACCAACUGAAGAAGAAAUCCAAGAUAUUCUUAAUGAAAUGCAAAAAUACCUUGUUUUCCCAAUUGACAGAAAUGACGUUUUAUCUGCUUGGUCAGGUAUUAGACCAUUGGUCAGAGAUCCAUCUACCAUUCCUAAAGGUCAAGAAGCUUCUGGUAAAACUGAAGGUUUAGUGCGUUCACAUUUGUUAGUUCAAUCACCAACUGGAUUAGUUACUAUUUCUGGUGGUAAAUGGACUACUUACAGAGAAAUGGCACAAGAGACUAUUGAUUACGUUGUUAAACACUUUGAUUUUGGCGAUAAAAAGAUCUUACCAUGUCAAACCAACAAAUUGAUUUUGGUUGGGGGAACUGAUUAUUCAAAGAACUAUUCUGCUAGAUUGAUCCAUGAAUACCAUAUCCCAUUGAAAUUGGCCAAGCACUUGUCCCACAACUACGGUUCCAGAGCUCCAUUGAUUUUGGAUUUAUACGCUGAAAGUGAUUACAAUAAAUUGCCAGUCACUUUAGCUGCCACUGAAGAAUUUGAACCUUCAGAAAAGAAGGCUAAUGAAGAUAAUCAAUUGAGUUACCAAAGAUUUGACGAACCAUUCAGUAUUGCCGAAUUGAAGUACUCUUUGAAAUAUGAAUACCCAAGAACUCCACUUGAUUUCUUAGCCAGAAGAACUAGAUUGGCAUUCUUGAAUGCCAGAGAAGCUCUUAGUGCUGUUGACGGAGUUGUUGAAAUCAUGAGCAAAGAAUACGGUUGGGACAAAGAAACCGAAGAAAGAUUGAGAAAGGAAGCCAGACAAUACAUUGGUAACAUGGGUAUUUCUCCAAAGAAGUUUGAUGUUGAAAAAAUUGUCAUCCAAUAA